CGGCUGGGAGGGAGGACGAGGCGCCGGGGGAUCUCUUACGGCGACGCGCUGCUGAAACCGCUCUAUGCGGGUCAGCGGGCGCUCCGUGCGGUUAAUGCUCCCCCCCGAGAGCCGCCGCGCCGGAACGUUGUGCGGAGGCGCCGGGAUGGCGGUUAAUACUCUCUAAUCCAAGCAGUGUCCUGCUGAACCUGUUCUGCACCCUCUCCAAAGCCGCCUCCUCUUUCCUGUAAUGGGGAGCCAGAACUGCACACACAAAUCCAAAUAUGGCUGAAGCAAAGUUUUAUACAAUCGCAACGUGACCUUCCAGUUUCUAUACUCGGUGCAGGAGCUGAUCUGUGCACCUUCUUUACCUCAUUGCUGUUCUCUGCCCACGAUCCCUCAGUACAUCCGUGCCCUCAACGAUCUGAAGGAGGUGCAAUAUAGAACAAUACCACACAGAAGCAGAUCCUUUGGCCCACAAUGUUGUGUGGAACCAAGUGAUAUUGAGUAGAAUCAGUAAUUCCACUGGGUGCUUCUUGCUGACUGCUGAAGAACGGAAUCCAGUUUGCUGUUGAACACUAUACCUGUGUUUAAUUGCUGCAAGCAUCUUUUGUGUAACCCGCUGGAAUAAUGGAUGUUCUUCCCGUUUGUUACCUCUUCACUGAACAGUACAUGAUUUCCAGUCAUCUGUCACUAGUUCAGCUUUAGCAAAGAAACAGACUUCAGCCUUGCAAUGAUUUGACUUCCAGUGUGGUCAGUGGCAGAGAGCUGAGCUAAAGGAAUCCUUUCAACAUCAUCAAUAAGGUGUUCUAGCCAGUCCGAAACAUCACCUAUCAUUAGACACCAUUGCAUUUGCACGUUAAUCAACACUGAGCGUGCAGUCACUCACCGUGCACCAUGGAAGUGGGUAUGCGUAUUGUACGUGGCGUGGAUUGGAUAUGGGGAAACCAGGAUGAUGGCGAAGGACAUGUUGGUACUGUGGUAGAGAUUGGCCGCCCAGGCAGCACCAUAACACCAGAUAAGACUGUGGUGGUUCAGUGGGACUGUGGCACUAGAACAAAUUACCGCACUGGUUACCAAGGAGCGUAUGACUUGCUUCUCUAUGACAACGCACAGAUCGGUGUGCGCCACCCCAACAUCAUCUGCGACUUUUGCAAGAAGCAUGGCAUCAUGGGAAUGCGGUGGAAAUGUAAGGUGUGCUUUGACUAUGAUCUGUGUACCCAGUGUUACAUGGUGAACAAACACGAUCUUACACAUCCAUUUGAGCGUCACGAAACUGCACACUCUCAACCUGUUCCUGUUAGUCCACGACAAAAUCUGCCGAGGAUUGUCCUCAAGGGGAUCUUCCAGGGUAGUAAAGUUGUUCGAGGGACGGAUUGGGACUGGGGAAACCAAGAUGGCGGGGAAGGCAAAAUUGGCAAGGUGAUGGAUAUUCGUGGCUGGGACACGGAGUCAGGCCGGAGUGUUUCACGAGUCACCUGGUCAAAUGGGACAACCAACGUCUACCGAAUGGGUCACAAAGGGAAGGUGGACUUAAUGUACGUCACAGAUGCUGCCGGCGGUUACUACUACAAAGAGCAUUUGCCAAAGCUGGGUGAGCACGUUGAGCUGCCUCGGCAAGAGAGCGCGGGUGGCCACACCUUCCAGCACAACGACAGAGUGAAAUGUCUUCUCGAGGUAGACAUUCUGCGGCAGAUGCAGGAGGGUCAUGGAGGAUGGAACCCCAAAAUGGCUGAGUACAUUGGCCGAGCGGGCACCGUGCAUAGAAUAACUGACCGAGGGGAUGUGAGAGUACAAUACAGCAAUAAUAUUCGCUGGACCUUUCAUCCAGGAGCACUUACAAAGGUGGACACGUUCUCGGUCGGUGAUAUUGUUCGUGUGAUGGAUGAAAUGGAAGCAGUGAAAAGACUUCAGACAGGCCACGGAGAGUGGACAGAUAGCAUGACUCCAGCGCUGGGGCAGGUCGGGAAGGUGCUGAAAGUUUAUGCCGAUGGAGAUUUGCGUGUGGGUGUUGGAGGCCAAACAUGGACCUUUAACCCUGCUUGUGUAACAGCGGUGCAGCCUGGAGACGUGGACGCCAACCUCAUGACCACAGACAGCAGCAACGAUUCAGCAAGCUCAGUCAUCUCUAUCCUAGAAAAACUGCUGUCGCAGUCAACCGAGCAGGAUAAUCCUGGGCGGAUUGUAAUCGAAGCAGCUCAUGGGAAUACCGCAAAGGUUCGCGAUUUAUUGCAGAAGUAUCCAGAAAAGGUUGACAUUAAGAAUCAGGGCAAGACUGCCCUGCAGGUCGCUGCUCACCAGGGCCAUCUCGAGGUGGUGAAUAUCCUCCUCCAGUCCAACGCAAAGCUUGAGGUUCACGAUGAAGAUGGCGACACAGCCCUACAUUAUGCAUCGUUUGGAAACCAGCCAGAGGUGGCCCGGCUACUGCUCAGCAAAGGGGCGAAUGUCAACCUGCUGAACGGCUCAACGUGUUCCGCUCUGCACAUUGCCGUAAACAAGGGCUUCACGGACGUGGUACGUGUGCUGUGUGAAUAUAAUUGCAACGUUAAUCUACAGGAUUCGUAUGGAGAUACUCCUCUGCAUGAUGGAAUUGCUAAAGAUUAUAGAGACAUCAUUACCAUCCUGACUGAGGUGCCCAACAUCGACUUCACACAUCAGAAUAACCGUGGUUUCAACUUACUGCACCAUGCAGCCUUAAAAGGCAAUAAAUUAGCCACCGAGAAGAUUCUGGCCCGAGCCCGACAGCUGGUGGACGUCAAGAAAGAGGAUGGUUUUGCAGCUCUUCAUCUCGCUGCCCUUAACAACCACAAAGACGUAGCAGAGGUGCUGAUUAAAGAGGGGCGAUGUGAGAUUAAUAUUCGGAACAACCGGAACCAGACACCUUUGCAACUGUCGGUUACGCAGGGUCACACUGGUAUCAUACAGCUUCUGGUUGCUGAGGGCUGCAAUGUAAAUGCAGAGGAUGAAGAUGGAGACACCGCCUUGCACGUGGCACUGGGUCGUCAGCAGCUGGCAAAUCGCUUGGCCGCCAGGGAGAGCGACACCAGCUCCUUGUUAGCAAACUUACAAGCCUCUGGGCUACUAGGAUCUACUGACCUGACUGUGGGCACGGUCAUUGCUUGCUUCCUAGCCCAGGACGGAGCAGAUACUAACUACACAAACCACAAGGGCAAGACACCUCUUGAUCUGAUCACAGAUAGCAGGACAAUACAGAUAAUCAAGAGUUUUGCAGAGAAAUCCAGGAGAUCACCAACUGGAUCAACGGCUCUACGUCGAGUCCACACCACUCCAAACACCAUGACAAAUCUGUUACUACCGGUGACUGCAGAGCCUGCUGAGUGCUUAGUGUGUUCGGAAUUAUCGUUCCUGGUCCUCUUUGUUCCUUGCCAGCACUCUGUCGUGUGUGAAGAGUGUUCUGUAAGAAUGAAGAAAUGUAUCAAAUGCCAAGUGUCUAUAGCAAAGAAAAUCAGACAUGAUAACACCGAGGUGGAAAGCGGCUCCACCAGUGAAGCGCCCGACCAGAGGAAGUUACUGGAACAGCUUCAGUCCCGGUACAGGCAGAUGGAGGAACGGAUAAUAUGCCCAAUCUGUAUCGAUAAUCAGAUUAAACUGGUGUUCCAGUGUGGCCACGGGUCCUGCCUGGAGUGCAGCGUUGCCCUGAAAGCAUGUCCAAUCUGCCGUCAGAACAUUCGAGAGCGGAUACAUAUCUUUGUUUGAUGCAUGACAGGACGACUUUUUUAUUGAUUCUAUUUUUCUCCACACCCCCUCUGCCCUGGAUCUUUCCUGUGAUGCCCUGUUUGUGCUUAUUACCAACCUUCAGUUAUAACUCUUCUCGGUAUUCGUAGAAUACGCGUGUGUGAGGUUAGUAUUGGCUGCUCCUCAGUGUCCCCGAUAGCUUGAUUGUCCGCUGUGUGGCUUCAGUGGGUGAGAUGAUACCAAGGAGAGCAGCAAGACUGUACAUAACACAAAGCAGGUUUAUUAAUCUGAUAAUGUCCCUCUAAAUAGUUGUAGAUGCUGGAACAAUGCACAAGGCUGCAAUAUAACCCCUUACUGAAUAUGUAUAUUAUAAACAGUGUAAUAUAAUCCCUUAUCUAACACCUGUGGUUUAUGUUCAAUUGUAUAUAUUGUGGGAAUACGAAAUACACUUGAAUGUUUCUUCAGCCCCCAUAGUGAAUAGUACUUAUUCUCUUCACAUCAGCACAGACCCUUCCGGUCACCAUUUACAAAGAGCAAUAUUGUUACCUAUUUUAUUUAAAAGACUAUCCUCUUCUGUGCAUCAUUUUAAUUUGAGUUUGACUAUUUUACCUUAAAUGUUGUCUGAAAGACGUGGCACAAUGUUGAAAACACUUGUGGUUGACAGAAAGAAGAGGGUAACUGAUUAAUUCACUGUUUAAAUACGGAGCUCUGGUCACAGGGGAACCCUUUGAUUGUGAAUGUAAGUUACUCUGCUGAAGCCAUAAUCAGGAAAUAUGAUUUGACCCACCAGGUCAACUUGGAAAGGAGACUGUUAAAGGCAAGGCAUUGAAUCUGUGAAAUGUUCGUCCUAUUUUUACUCAUACUUUCUAUUCUAAGGUGUUUUUAUAUUUAAAUAUUCCAUGAAAAUAAAGCCAUGAAGAUGUGUCUCAGGAGUUCUCAGCUCACCAAACUCGACUUGUUUUUGGACUUGCUUGUAUUCAGGGAGCGUAUCGUGGUGAAGACCAGCGUGGUGUUGAGUUUCUGCAUCAGGAUAACUGCAGACCUUUGCUUUUAUUAGAUUUACCAGUGGUACAGAGUGAAAGAACUUAAAUGAAAGUAGUAAUUUCUGGGGAAAAAAACAGCUCUACAGAUGUUGCAGUCCAGAGCUGGAGGAACUGGGGGGGUCAGGCAGCAUCUGUGAAGGGAUGAUGGGGGGGGAUGUCUCGGGUGGAGACCCAUCAUCAGGACUGAAAGGCGGACGGGAAACCUCAGCACGUCUGGCAGCGUGUUGGAAGGAAAAGCAAUUUAUGUUUCAAGUCAAAGGAGUGGGAGGGAGAGAAGGUGGCUGAGCUGCAGUGACAGAGAAGGGAAUGAUGACUGUGCCUGUGUCUUGUGUUGGGCGUUUUGUAAAGUCUGGUCUGGUGACGUCGCAUGGUCUGGUUCACUGGGACAUGCCCAGUCGGCUGCAGUAUGUGAAGUGAAAGGGAGCAGCAGAAGGGCGAAGUAAACCUUACCUCCCCAGUCCUGACCAAGGGUCUCAGCCUGAGACUAUUCAUUUCCCUUUAUAGAUUCUGCCGGACCUGUGCUAUGUGUUUUCUGCCCAUUGUAGACAUACUCUUUGCUCCACGCCUUCCUCCCCCACCUGAACAGGCUUGCCUUCUCUCUUCAAACUGAGACGUCAACUGUUUCUCCCUCCACGAAUGCUGCCCGACCUGCUGAAUGUUUCCAGAACUUUCAGUUUUUAUUUUAAAUUCUAGUAUCUGCAUGUUUUGACUGUCAGAACAUUAAUACAGUACAUACCAAUGCUUGUAUGCCGUGUGUCAUGGGUUUUUGUCUCCGUUCUCUGAUUGGAAUGUAAAUUACAUGUUAAUUUACAUUAACAUGCAUUUACAUUAAUUGCAUGGUUAAACCAGAAGCAAUCGCUUUUAUCAGAAGUGUGAUUGUAUCAAGACAUGAUGUUCUCCAAAUCUACCAGAAAGAUUGGGGGAAUAUUUUGUUAUAAAGAAGAGAAAUUCAGAGCUGGAAAGGAAAUCCAGUUAGUGUUUAAGUGUGCUCGAGAAGCACAGGGUCAUCACCCUCUCAUACAGUAGUUACACAUUAAUAACUAUGUACAUCUUUAUAAUUCUGUUCUCAUUAAAUAAAACUAGCUGGAAAAUUCUUUCACAAGGGGUCUCUGCCUUUUGUAUCAUGACCACUUUCGACUGACUCAGGAUUAAAGCACCAGUUUAUUUGUAACAAUACUGUUACUGAAGUCAAGAACAGGGUUGCAGCAGCGAACUCUAAGGUUUUAAGGCCAUGCCAACAUUUGUCGUGCUUAUCUGUCACACCAAAGUGUAAUUGAGGGCCUCUGUUGGCCUGGGUCGACCAUGGACGCUGCGUCCCAGCUGUCAGAGACAAGCCAGGGCAGUACGAUAUGGAGAGCAGGCCCUCCCUCUCCACGCAACUGAUGAGUCCAAAGGAACAGUGGAGACCCAUACGGCUUGGCACCAGCUCCAUUGCAGAAAUUGCCAGUCAGCGUUGAGCUCAACGUGGCGCUGCCUUUGGGGCUCAAUUUUUCCCUCAGGGUUUACUUCUGAAGCCUUCCUCAUAAGUGGGUACAGCUGCAAGGCAGAGGAGCUUGAGAUCAGAGUUUAUCUUCUAGAUGAGCUGCC